AUGCAACAACUGUCACCAACGAUCUUAAACACACCAACCAGUUUCCUUGAUCCCCAUUAUGUGCAGGAGGGGCAGCCCAUCUCGCUUACGUACAAAGACGAGCGCUGGCAGAAGACCAUUCGCUACUUCCUCACCCGCCACGGCCAGCACAUCACCUCUCUCAACCUCUUCUUCACAGACAUCCAGCAGCUCCCCUCCCUCCAUCCCUUGAUCGCUUGCUGCAGCCCCGCCCUCUCCUCCUUCAGCAUCAAGCUGCGAGGCUUCGUGGACGGGUACGAGGAGCAGGAGUACAAUGACUGGACGCUUGAUUUCCUCAAGGGCUGUUCGCACCUGCAGCACCUGAAGCUGGGCCGGGGCAUGUGGAAUCUUGACGAGAGCUGUGCGAAUGCGGCAUGGGUGAGGUCCCUCCGCUGCCUGACCCUCAAGCACCUGGAUAGAAGAUAUCGGAACUAUGAUUUUCUCGAGUCCAUCACGCCUCAGCUGCACGACAACGAGCUCAAGCUCAAGCUCACUGUGCCGCCCUCACUAAAGAGCCUAUCGGUGAUGGCCAAGUGGCUCGUGCUUUCGUGCAAAAGCACUGCCCCUCUCGCUCUCGACCACCUCUUGCUGUACGGCCAGGAGCGCCUCGUCAUCUCCUCUCUCCGCAUCGCAUCCGCACGAGCCGUGUACCUCUAUGGGCCCGCCAGUGACGAGGACUCUAGCUGCCCUGGGCUCUCCUACCAGCUGCCUCUCGAAUGGCAGCACGUUCCCCGCGGCAUUUCUGGCUUUUCCUGGACCAAAUGGCUGCGCACUAUAGCGCAAAACGUGGAGGUGCUUGUAGUGAGGCACGGGAUACCGAUCGAGGAGGUCGAUUUGGAGUGGAGGAGCCUUCGCAGCCUUGGGAUUGUCGUGCACGUGGAAGGCCCGCACAACAAAGAGUGGGAGGCGACUGUUGAGAACUACAGGGCGUUCAUGGAGGACGGAGAUUAUGAGGAUGAACUGGAUGAGUGUAGCUUUGGUUAUAAUGAUGAGUUUGAUGAUGACGAGGCUCGUAUCAAUCUUCCCUCCAUCCGCGCUCCGAAUCUUCAGUUCCUCUUCUUUCCUUCUCGCAAGGCGUGUGACGCCGCCACACUGGCUGCACUGCGGCAGGACUACCCCGCCCUGGCGCUCUACUGUGUGGUGGACCGCUCCUUCUACUGGGAGAGGAAGGGUCAGUCGGUGAGCCAUGGGCCACUCGAGCAUGUGCGGCAGGCGAAGAGUGGGGUGCUACGGCAUAGUGUGGUGAACGGGCCCUUGGAUCACAUCCUCGUCAGCAUCGGCACACCUGGCAACUCCCUUGUUGGAGGCUGGGUGGUGAGUGCAUCGCUGCUCACAGCAGCGUGUGGAGCGCUCUCAGCCGGCUGGUUGGCGGACUCUGUGGGCCGCCGAACCACCUUCCUGCUGCUCGCGCUGCCCCUCGCGCUCGGGAGUGCUCUCAGUGCCACAGCCUCAUCGGUCCCACAGAUGCUGGUGGGGCGCGCGCUCACAGGGCUGGCCUUUGGCGUCAUCUCCUGUGUCGUGCCCGUCUACAUCUCCGAGAUAGCGCCAGCAUCAGUGCGGGGUCGACUGGGCUCUCUCAACCAGCUGGCCAUUUGUGUCGGCAUCCUCGCUGCUCUGCUCGCGGGGCUGCCCCUUGCUGCCAACCCCGCCUGGUACACCUCUUGCACUGCGCUGCACUUUCUAAGGCUGUUCGCCUUCCACUUCCUUCCCCAUGCCAUACGAUGGAAGCCUUUUCAGCCUGCAGUUGUGACGAAAGUUGAUGCUCAAACCAGCUUCCGCCAACUUUCUCAUAAGGGCAUGCUGUGGGCGCCUGAGAGCCCCAGAUGGCUCGCCAAGGCAUGCUGUGGGCGCCUGAGAGCCCCAGAUGGCUCGCCAAGGAGCGACGAGGCAGGGAGGCAGCUCAAGCGCCUGCUGGGUCCGUCCCAGGCUGCAGCAGCUGCAGCAGAGCUCUCCUCCUCCUCCUCGUCCUCCGCGCCUCAACCUGCUGCCUCUGCCAAGGGAGCAGGAGGAGCAGCAGCAGUGGAUGGGUUGGAACAGGCAGAGGCGGGUGUGGCGAGGAAACGAGCGGACGAAGCACCUGCUGUGUCCUUCUUCACACUCUUCUCCAAGCGCUACCGCAAAGUGGUGUUGCUGGGAAUGGCGCUGUUCGCAGUGCAGCAGUUCGCAGGCAUCAACGCCAUCAUCUACUAUUCCUCCUCUGUCUUCCGCUCUGCCGGCAUUCAGUCCGACGUCGCUGCCAGCGCCCUCGUCGGCCUUGCUAAUGUGCUAGGCACGGCAGUGUCGCUGAACCUGGUGGACAAGCAGGGCCGCAAGAGCCUUCUCAUGGGGUCCUUCACUGGCAUGGGCUGUUCGAUGCUCCUUCUAGCCCUCACCCUCUCCUUCCCGCCACUCCAGCCAAUAGCAGCACCACUCUCUGUGCUGGGAACAGUGGCCUACGUGCUCGCCUUCGCCAUGGGAGCCGGACCCGUGCCGGCCCUGCUCCUCCCGGAGAUCUUCCCCUCCAACAUCCGCGCCUCAGCUGUCGCAGCCGCGCUCACCACACACUGGCUCUGCAACUUCGUUAUAGGCCUCUCCUUUUUAGGGUUUGUGAAGGUGGUGGGUGUGGCGGCGGCGUACGUGGGGUUUGCGGCGGUGUGCUUUGUCGGGGUGGUGUUUGUGCGCGCGUGCGUGGUGGAGACCAAGGGGCGGAGCUUGGAGGAGAUUGAGAGGGAGCUGAUUGGCAGUGAUGCAUAG